AUGGUGACAUUGCCGCGGCUCAAAACGCAGGCACCAGAGCAGAUGGAGAGAUCCAAGACUGUGCAGGUCUUGUGCAAGUCCCUGACCCCAGAGCAGCCCUGUGAGGCAGAAAAGAACAAGUGGCCACCUCUGAAGCAAGUUCCCAAAGGUGCUGAGCGGAAGGCUUUGUCGGUGGUUGGCUGUCGACGCACAGCAGCUGUCACCAGAAACCUGUCGUCUGCAGACCUCAGGCGCAAUAGAAGCAGUAGCAGUGUCUGUGAGUCAGGCUCCGAGCGAACUGUCUUGGAGGACGAGAACCGACGCCUGCGCGAGGAGUUGGCGAGGUAUCAGACUGAAUCACUGGAAAGGCAUCGGAGGCCUUUGGCUGCCAUCGCUGGUGGAGGUUUUCGUGCAGCGCCAAGGAUGGCAGUUGCCCAAGAAGAUGGCCGCCCAUCAAGCUGGACAGCCACACCGGAGGCUGCCGCAAGUGCUGUGGUGGAUGCCCUGCGACGACAUCUCUUCUCGGUGCUGGGAGCUCUGUUAGCUUCACCUUCAGGCCUUGAGGCAGUGAAGGAUGCCUCAGAGCUCCGGUCGCUGCCGGCGCUGGGGAAGAGCCUCAAGAGGUUGUGGUUCGACACUCCAACCACCGAUUGGGACUCCAAGGAACAAGCUCUUUGGCUCUGCCGUGUUCUGGCUGUCACUGAAGGCUCUCGGGAAGGUGUUUUAUCCUUCUACGGCGCGGGGCAGCUAUUUUGUGAAGCUUUGGCAAUUUUCGCAGAGGCCAGUCUGUUGGAGAUUGGCGUUGAGAUGGAUGAGGCUUGGGUAGCAGAAGCUUUGGCAGUGCAAGAGGUGCUACAGGGACCUCACCGGGGGCAGCUACAGCAGUGGCCUGCAGACCGACGAUGUGGGGGUGGAAGUGAUCCACUGCUCUCCACAGACCGCCUUCCUCGGUCGCUGAAGAGUGCCUUUGACCUUGAAGGUGUCCGACUGACCAAGGUGCAAGCUGCUGGCUUGGGCGUGGCCAUGAUGAUGCCAGGUUCCACGGUUCUGGCCAUGGGUGGCGUUGGAUGUGCACUCUUGCUGCGCUCCGGACGCGAAAGUGCAUCAGCCAGAGAUGGUGAAAAGUGGGAGGUGCUACAAGCCAAGCGCUUGGAUACAGGGUCAGCAAAGUGGCUCAAGCAUGCUCACACACUUUUGAGGCGGAAGACCUGCCCCAUUGAAAUUCGCUUCUUGCCGAGCAGCCUGGCGCCGCCAGUGAUCAAGGUGACUCUUUACUCCCUCAGAGACGUGCUUUGUGCUCUUCCUGUUGGGACUCUAGGUGGAGGAACCGGUGGCGAAGCAUCCGCACGGCUUGGCCAAAACCAAAGCUGCAGGUUGCGGCCAGCCACUGAAGACAAUUCCUUUCGCCUGCGGGUCUAUCGCCCCGGGCUUUUGCUUGAUGCAGUGCUGCACGAUGGGGUGCAGGUACAGCGAGGAGAUCGCUUAGUGGUAAUGGUUUCGGAGGUGGGCGAGGCCAAAGUCUACAAUGAGAAGCCGCGCCGGAGGCCGCCAGACAAUGAGACUCAGGAGACCCAGGUGACACUAACAGACUCACAGGGUCAGUGCGCGCCUGUGUCAGAGAAAGGCUAUGUGACGGAGGGCCUUCUGGAUGCUGAUGCGUGCCGUGCAGCCUUGCAGCUGGCGCAGCGAAAGAACAGCUUCUCGUCCGCUUUGGACUUUGCCGAAGAGCAUGAAGGGGUGGACUGA